AUAAGCAAGUCUCACCGUGUAGCGUAGAUAAUUGCUUAAAUGCGUUUUUGCUUCUCCCUGACGUCACAGUCAGCUGAUCAAUUGCGGGGUAUUUUUUUCUCCCAACAAUCCAGUUGCAUGCAGUUCCCUGGGAAUAUUUAGCACAGUCUGUUGCUCUUCUGCUCCAGUGUACUUGACCUUGACGGAAAAUUCUACCCCUAUCUGAAUAAAAAGAAUCAAACUGAUAAUUUUUCGUGGCGCGUCUAAAUUCGCAAGAAACUUCAUAUUUUUUUGUAGAAUUAAUGUCAUCAGUAGUGACCUCGAAAUCAGCAAAAGAUGCUCUCACAUGAAAUGAAUUGACAUGGGGCUUGUUGCACAGAAUUUUCUGUUCCUAAUCACCUUUGGCUACAGCUAAAACAAAUACACCAGUUGACAGAAACUAAAUAGUAAUAAAUACAGAUUUUCGCAUACUUUUGAUAAAUCGUCACACAAAAAAAAAAACAACAGUUUUUUCUUCGGAAAAUAUUUUGAACGGAAACAUUAUGGACAAUCAAGAGAGUAUUUCGUCCGCUAGAAGCCUUCCGCAAUGGAUGAGAACAAAAAUGGACAACAGACUCGAUGCCACUGAUAUUCCAUUUUCACCACCAACUCACGAUGAGUCAUUCUUCUACGUGCGGUAUCCGGCGGGUGAGAGGAAGAGGCAGGAGGAUUUGAGUCAUAUUAGGAAUGCUCUGGAGGAUGGAGGGGUGAGCAGUUUGGCAAAAACAAGAGAUUUUUCAAAGCACACGGAUCAGUGCAAGAUGUUCCUCAGUGAGGCCAAUCAGAGGGCCAAGAUCAACACCACGGGUGUUCCGGCUAAGCCUGUUGGCACUGAUGAUGGCUUCAAGGGUGCCGGUGCAGCGUGUGGGAGUUCUAUUGUGAAAAUGGCUCAAGCUAUGGUCAGCACUCGACCCUUCACGCGUGGAUUCACCGUGGCAAAUUUUGAGGAGGCAUCACCAGAUACUGACUUCCCCAUGAUAAAUCCCGAGGAAGACUUUGAAAUUGCCAACUCGAAGAAAAAUAUGAUGAGACGUGGUUCAAAAUCACUUCCAGCAUCACCAAUGGGAUCUCCAAAAACUGGCAGGAAGAUCCAUCAGAAUCCCUACUUCACAACAAAUCAGACAACACUCGUGAUUGGAGAUCAAAAGAAGUGGAAUUUGUCGGAUUUUCUAGGACUUCAGCGACGGACAACAGCCCUCUCGACGCAAUCCGUGGCAUCGCAAAUUGAUGAGAAUGCCGAGGAAGCCCUUGAACUUGAUAGUAAAUUCGUCAAUUUGGACCAUGAUAGGGCAGUGGAGGCCAAUCAGGGUAAGACUACUGAGGCACCAACAGUAUUGAAGGCAAAGCCAUCGGAAUUGCGAGAAAUGAAUUUUUGGUCACCGACCUCCAUGUAGAGAAAUCCAUCAUAUAACAACUUUAAGAAAAAAAAAUGCUCUUUCAACUCUCUUUUUUUCCUUCAAUUUUAACGAUAAAAAAAUUUAAUAAGAGAUGUUUUCAAUUUUUUUUAUCCUUCAACCGGCAAUUUAAUUUUAAUUAACCUUUUGAAAAGCUUUUCUUGUUUUAAUGUUGUAGCCGAUAGAGAAAGUUCAUUCCCUUCUUGGAGUCAUAAGAGUGUAAUAAUCUUUUUUUUUCUUCCCAUAAAGAGUCUAUCUUUCUUUGUUAUAUUUUUUUUCUUGUUUUGUAUAAAUAUGAUAAUUUUUAUCAAUGGCUAUUUUGAUAAGAGGGAAAGUUUUUGUGGUUGUAUUCUCAGAGAAUCAUCAAAAAUUCCCCCCAUAGAGACAAAAAUAGCAACAAAAGACAUUUUAUCGUACAACACAAUCUCUAAAAAAAAAACAAAAUUCUCAAACGGAGCGUGAAAAAAAUAAAUGUUCCCUCUUGUAAAAAAAUUGAUAUUUUGGGCUCUGUUAGUGAUUCGCUGAGCGGAAAAAAGAAUUUAAGAAUUGAAACACGUUAGGUGUUCUUCAUUGAAAUUUAAUAAAAAUAAAUCUUGUGAAAAUCAACACA